UCACGUGACCACGGGGCGGGGCCCGACUGGAGCUACAGCCAUGGGCCGUCGGGAGCCGGUGGGCUGGGUGCUGCUCCUGGCACUGGGGCUCUGCUGUGCGCAAGGGGGGCGCCGCCGGAACGUGCUGCUGAUCCUCGCGGACGAUGGAGGCUUUGAGAGUGGCGCCUACAACAACAGUGCCAUCACCACCCCUCACCUGGACGCCUUGGCCCGCCGCAGCAUCGUCUUCCGCAAUGCCUUCACCUCCGUCAGCAGCUGCUCUCCCAGCCGUGCCAGCCUCCUCACUGGCCUGCCCCAGCAUCAGAACGGAAUGUAUGGCCUGCACCAGGACGUCCACCACUUCAACUCCUUUGACCGGGUGCAGAGCCUGCCGCUGCUGCUGGGCCGAGCUGGUGUUCGCACAGGCAUCAUUGGGAAGAAGCACGUGGGACCAGAGGCCGUGUACCCGUUUGACUUCGCGCACACGGAGGAGAAUGACUCCAUCCUCCAGGUGGGGCGCAACAUCACGCGGAUGAAACUGCUGGUCCGGAAGUUCCUGCAGACUCAGGACGACAGGCCUUUCUUCCUCUAUGUCGCCUUCCACGACCCGCACCGCUGCGGGCACUCCCAGCCGCAGUACGGGGCCUUCUGUGAGAAGUUUGGCAAUGGGGAGAGUGGCAUGGGGUGGAUCCCAGACUGGACCCCCCAGACCUACAGCCCGCAGGAUGUGCAGGUGCCUUACUUCGUCCCUGACACCCCAGCAGCCCGAGCUGACCUGGCCGCUCAGUAUACCACCAUCGGCCGGAUGGACCAAGGGAUUGGACUCGUGCUCCAGGAGCUGCGUGGAGCAGGCGUCCUGAAUGACACCCUGGUCAUCUUCACAUCUGACAACGGGGUCCCCUUCCCCAGCGGCAGGACCAACCUGUACUGGCCAGGCGCCGCUGAGCCCUUGCUGGUGUCGUCCCCAGAGCACCCGCAACGCUGGGGCCAGGUCAGCGAGGCCUACGUGAGCCUCCUAGACCUCACGCCCACCGUCUUGGACUGGUUCUCCAUCCCCUACCCCCACUAUGCCAUCUUUGGCUCCAAGACUGUCCAGCUCACCGGCCGGUCCCUCCUGCCAGCCCUGGAGGCGGAACCCCUCUGGACCACGGUCUUCGGCAGCCAGAGCCACCACGAGGUCACCAUGUCCUACCCCAUGCGCUCUGUGCAGCACCAGGACUUCCGCCUCGUGCACAACCUCCACUUCAGGCUGCCCUUUCCCAUCGACCAGGACUUCUACGUCUCACCCACCUUCCAGGAUCUCCUGAAUCGCACGGUGGCUGGCCAGCCCACGGGCUGGUACAAGGACCUGCACCGCUACUACUACCGGGAGCGCUGGGAGCUCUAUGACCGGAGCCGGGAUCCCCACGAGACCCAGAACCUGGCUGCCGACCCGCGCUAUGCCCAGGUUCUGGAGCUGCUUCAGACCCAGCUGGCCAAGUGGCAGUGGGACACCCACGACCCUUGGGUGUGUGCCCCUGACGGGGUGCUGGAGGAGAAGCUCUCUCCUCAGUGCCGGCCGCUCCACAACGAGCUGUGAGGCCCUUCCCACCCCCAUGGUGGGGGACCCGCUGUCCUGUGUCUGUGCUACAUCCCAGCAUAAGAAUUCUGGGGGGACCCAGCACAGUGCAGGCUCCCCAACCUGUGACAAGGCGUGGGCCGUCUGGGCAGGAGGGGUCUGGGGACCCGCAGGCAGAAGGGGCUGGGAUGUGGGGCUUCAGAGCCACCUGGAUCUUUGGAACCCAGAGAUGUCCCUGUGUCCUUCACUGGAGAGGAGACAGGCUUCCGUGUGGCACCAGGGUGGCGGGUGGGUGCCAGCCCCACCAGUGUGGGGCAACAUGUGUCUGUCAACCCUGGUUGGGCGGGAGGCUUUGAACAAAGCUUGGGCUCUUCUCCCUCACUCUGGGGGACUCCUGACCCCCUCCCCCAGGUUUCCACGAGGCCGCUGAUCUUGGAGGGCUCCCCGAGUGACGAGUUUCAUCCUGGGGUCUGCGUGCACAGAGCGCGCCCUUCUUUUUGAGAACAUCUCAGGAUGAAGAUGCUGCUGCUGAAAGCUUGAACCCCCCUGGGUGGGUGAAUUCUGCUUGGAUGAACACGAGUCUGCGACACGGGCUCAUGGAGCUCUCCAGACCUGCCCUGUCUCCAGCAGCCGGAGAGCAGAAGCCCUGCCUGGGAAAACCUGAAAGGGGAUGCUCUCCCCUGAGUGGGUGGGCUCCCACUGCCCUUCCCACCCCCACCAGCUCCAUCCUGUGGAGUGUCGGGGCUGGGGGAGCCACAGGCCAGAGCAUUGUAAAAGCUUUCUAUUUUAGUAAAAUAUACCGAAGUUCAUUUUCUAAA